AGAUUUUAUAUUUUAAAGAUUAAGCACAGACUAGGAUGUAAAGAAAACCAAUUAUCUCAAGUGAAUGCAGUAGGUAAAGUAUACAAUGAAAAAAAUAAUUGUGACAAGUUGUGGCAACCUGUAUGAUUUUUUUUCCCCCCACUCUGUUUGGGGAACCUUUCUAACCGGACAGAUUAACUCAGCACGUUUACAGCACCGACCGCUAGAUGGCAGUGUUAGCUUUAGCUGUUAGCUAAAACUGAAGGAAGCGUUCUCAUUUGUAACACGUUGGUUGUAAACAACUAAUACUUGCUUUUGAUUUUACAUUUAUUUUAACAAUUAUUUCAGUUGGUGUUUUGUAUUAUGUUUUAGGGUUUUUGUUAUAUUUUACCUAAAAUUGUAUUUUAUUGUUUUAAUUUGGCCAGGAACUGUUAGUUUUAGGAGGAGCUUGCUAGCUUUAGCAUGUUUUUAGCUCCGAGAUGGAAACAACUUGACGCUCAGGGAGCUAAAGAGAAGCAGUGCAAUGAUUAAAUUGUUGCCUCCUGAAGUUCAGGGGCACCUUCGCUCCGGCGUGGCCAUCCCUUCCCUGCAGCAGUGCGUGGAGGAGCUCGUUUUGAACAGCAUCGAUGCCGGGGCGACCUGCGUGGGUGUCCGAAUGGACCUGGAGGCUUUUAAAGUCCAGGUGAUCGACAACGGUGCCGGGAUGAACGCCGAGGACAUGGAGCGUGUGGGAACCCGGUACCACACAAGCAAAUGUGGCUCUUUGGAAGACCUGGACAACAUCAAAUCUCAUGGUUUUAGAGGAGAGGCAUUGGCAAGUAUUGUUUCCAUGGCAACGCUUGUUGAAAUCUCAUCCCGUCCCAGGGCGUCUGCUAAAACCCACGUGAAGCUGUUCAAAGACGGGAGGGGCGUGGAUGUCUUUGAAGCGGAGACUGACAGACCCUCUGCAGGAACGACCGUCAUCAUCUGUAACUUCUUCCACAACAUGCCGGUGCGGAGGAGGAGGCUGGAUCCUGUGCUGGAGGGGGAACGGAUCAGACACAGGGUGGAGGCCGUUUCCCUCAUGCACCCAUCUGUGUCCUUCACCCUGAAAAAUGACAGCACUGGAGCCAUGAUGGUGCAGCUCCCAAAAGCUAAAAGCACUUACCACAGGUUUUUGCAGAUCCACGGCCUCACGCGAGCAGAGAAGCUUGGAGAAAUCUCUCACACCUACAAGCAAUUUGAAGCAGUGGGGUACCUUGGCAAAGAGGGGCACUACAAUAACAGCUUGCAGUUCCUGUAUGUAAACGAAAGGCUGCUGUUGAAAACAAGGAUCCACAAACUGUUGAACCUCCUCCUGCGCAGACUGAGACAGAAACCGGACACUUCAGAUGGACCUCCUGUCCUCAAAAGUCCAAAGAAUAAGCAAACCCAUGAGCUUUUUGGUGUCUACAUCCUCAACAUUAAAUGUUCUUACUCCGAGUAUGAUAUUUGCUUUGAACCGGCCAAAACUCUAAUAGAGUUUAAAGACUGGGAAGAGGUUUUACUUUGUGUUGAAGAAGCAGUAAAAGCCUUUCUGAGGAGGGAGAACUUGACGUCCGAGUUUUCUCAGGAGGACUUGGACUUCGUGUCUCCAAAAGUGUUUGGCCCUUCUAGAGCAGAUCAAGAGGUGGACCAAACUAGAGCAGCGCCCCCAGACAUUUCCACCAUGGACUGCAGCGUUGGAAUGAAACUUGCAUCUGAAUUUGUUCACCGUAGGAGGACAGAUGGUGGGGCUUGCCCAGAGCCUGGUCUGACUAAAAACAAAACCGAAGAGACUGAAGAAUCAGGACAAACGGGCGCAUCUGUAGAUGAGUCACAAACAACAACCCAAGUUGAGUCAGAAGGCAGUGGAGGGGUUAAAAAUGCAAAGAUGCCAAAUGAGCAUGAGUGGGAACUUUCAGAAGAUGUGAGACAAAGCGGUAGCUCCACCUGCAGCUUCUCUCAGCUGGUUUCAAAUGACUUAAACUGCUCUAAAUGUAUAAUCAACAUACAUAACACAGGCAGACCACAACAGUCCUUAGAAAGCAACAGAAAAAUCAGCCUGUCUGAACCAGUUAUUCACAAUAUUCUGCAAAUUCCUAAACAGUCCCAAACUAACAAGGUCACAUUUCCAGAGCAGAGGUUAGAAAAAAAUAGCCAGGAUAAAUACAUAGCACCAAAACGCAAAAUCUCUCUGAAUACUGCUCCGGACAGAUCCACUGAAAAUCCACACAGAGACCUUUCUUCUAACCCCCCCACAAAGAUUUCCAGAAUAUUUCCUUGUCAGAAACCGUCUGUAUUUAAGGAAUCUGGAUCCCUUGAUAGGUUUAGACGAAUGUAUGCUCAAUCUGGUGAGAUGAAACUACCUCGUCAGCAUCAACAGAAAGGACCUCAAACGUCCAGCCGUGUUAUAAUUUCCUCAAGUUUGUCCUUUUGUAACAAUGAUCUGAAGGAGCCUAAAACCACUGAGGCACAAGGGGAUGAGGAGAAGCAGAGUUCCUCCCUAAAUCCACCAUGCUUCUCCACUGUGAAAACUACGAAUAAAAAUAAAUUAUCUUUCUCUGCAAAACUUUCCCAGUUAAAGGAAAAAAGGAAAGAAGAUGCAGAAGUUUCUCUGCAUGCGUCCAGCAGUAUGUUGGAGAAAAAUAUAUGCAAUAAAGGCACAGAGGAGGAUAGCACUAGUCAGAAUCCUCCAAACACUGCAGUGUAUGCUGGGUCAAGCCCACGCCACAGGACAAGUCCUCAUCAGACUGGGAAUGAGGAAGACUCAGCAUCCAGCGUUUGGCUUCAUCACUACAACACAUACGUCGGACAGACUGUAUAUGUCAACAGAAUGACCGGACUCAGCAGAUACGACAACCCAGCCGAGGAAACACAAGUGCCCUGCACGUCCGAUGUCACCAAUAUGGCAGUUAGUGUCUUCUCUGAAACGGCUGUAGGGAUGGAGUACAGGUGUUACCCAUUUCAGUUGGCUGUAGUGUUGCCUUUCCUGCCUAAAUCCAGGUCAGAGAGGCUGAUUAGCUCAGGGCUUGAUUGCGGAGAUGCUGCCACCGAAAGCUCCAACUCCCUCUCUGUGAUGUACUCUAAAUGGAAGAAUCCUGUAUUUGUCCAACCCCCCGAGGUCGGUGUGGACAUUUCUGGAGGGCAAGCGGACGGGUUGGUUGUGAAAAUCCACAGUGUUUUGUUUCCUUACCGUUUAUCCAAAGCCAUGAUUCACUCAAUGAAGGUCAUUGAUCAAGUGGAUAAGAAGUUUCUUGCGUGUCUUAUCAACACAAGUGAGGAAGAGCUCACAUUAGAGGGUGAAACUGAAGGAAAUCUGCUGGUGCUGGUGGAUCAGCAUGCUGCGCACGAGAGAGUUCGACUUGAAAACCUCAUCACAGAUUCAUACGAGGACAUCCCAGAAACAUUUGGAGAGAAGUGGCUGUGCUCAUCGAGCAUUGUUCCACCUCUGGAGAUCAGUGUAACAGAAGAGGAGCUCAGGCUGCUCAGCUCGUGCAGGUCACAGUUAAGGAGUUUGGGCCUUGAAGUUACUUUUUCAGAGACACAAAUGUCCUCUGUGUUUGUGGGGAAGGUGCCACGGUGCUUUUUGGAAAAGGAGACUAAUGAGCUGAAAAGAGGUAGACCAUCCAUUAUCAAGACCAUUGUUGAGGAGUUUCUUCAAGAGCAGAUUGAAUUACUACUCUCCACUGGCAGGGUGAAAGGGACUCUGCCCAUCACUGUGCUGAAAGUCCUCGCCUCGCUCGCGUGCCAUGGUGCUGUCAAGUUCAAUGAUGUUCUAAACAGGGACGAAUGCCACAGCUUAGUGGCGUCUUUGUCUUCUUGCCAGCUGCCCUUCCAAUGCGCCCACGGCCGUCCCUCCAUCGCACCUCUGGUAGACAUCAAUCAUUUGGAUGAAGACCCAAAGGAUGUCCAGAAACCAAAUCUGAAAAAGCUGAGAAGAAUGUAUGAAGAGUGGAAGCUCCGUGGGAAUAUCUAAGUGUGCUCAUUCAAUACUAAAUGUGUAGCGACCUAAAUCACUUCAUAAAAUCAUAUUUAUUAAACAA